GAGCUAUAAUCCCCUCUUCAUGCACCCUGACCUGUCCUUUGGUACCCAUAACGGCAGCUGUGGCCACAUCAUGCACUCUCUCUGCUGGCAGAGAUACUUUGAGACACUCCAGAGUCAGGAUGCGCAGUGGCUGCAUGAGCAAACCAGUUACGAUGUAGAGAAUGGGGAGUACUUGUGUCCACUCUGUAAGUGUCGCAGUAACACUGUCAUUCCUCUCCUGCCCCUCACUGAGACCACCUGCAGUUACAGCAAUAGUGAGCAGCCAGGUCUGGCUCAUUGGCUGAAUACAACGUAUACAAGCAGAUCAGAGCCUUGCACUCUGCUCAUAAGAGAGCCAAGCCAACAAAUGCUGGUGAGACAGAGACUGUGGAGGACUCUCCUCCUCCUGAGAGUUUCAGACUAGACCAUAAAACACAAGAUGAUGGAGGCCGAGCAGAUAACAGACAGUUUAACUCUUGGGUCUCAGACUCGCGGGCCGGGGCCAAUUGCGGCCCGCGGAACGAUAUUUUGUGGCCCCCUACUUGAAAUCAAAGCUUAUUGUUAGUGCGGCCCGCCCCCGCGAACUUUUUCUCACAUGCACCUGCGUGAGUCAUUGCCCUGGGCGUUUUAUAUUUUUUAACACUUGUGGGCUACCAUAGCUCAGGCUCGUGACAACAACACGAAUUAUCAACGUUGAUCACUUGAAACGUGUUUUGGAUUACCCAGUGCAAAUACGUUUUUUUUUGUCAUCCAGUCAUGUCUUUUUCAAAACCUGCCGUGAAGAGAAAGGUUGGCGAUGAGCACAGACAAUUUCAGGAGACGUGGGAAACGGAAUAUUUUUUUGUAGCGCACAGGGGCAUUCCGACGUGUCUAAUAUGCACAGAUAAAGUUGCGGUGCACAAGGAGUAUAACAUCAGACGUCAUUACUCAACUAUACAUGCUGAGGAGUAUGCAAAAUACCAGGGAGAUGAGCGAGAGGACCGGGUCACCAAACUUAAAACAUGUCUACUGAGGCAACAAGAUUUUUUCAAGAAAGCAAUCAAAGAGUGAUGCAGCAGUCGAAGCUAGCUACGUGGUGAGUGAGAUGAUUGCUAAGGCAGGAAAGCCAUUCAAAGAUGGCGAGUUCAUCAAACAGUGCAUGUUACAGGCUGCAAGUAUAGUCUGUCUGGA